UGCUCUUAGAUAAUCAUAUACCAUCCACUUUUAUCGGCCAUUUCAUUUGAUACUUUAAACUAUCGCAUCGGGAUUAAAAUGGGCGAACAAGAGAAAGAGCGCAUUGACUAAUUAUUUAAUAAUCAUAUUGCUUCUUAAUCUAAAAAUUCACAGGAGUCUCCAGCCAUUGGAUAAAAAUCUUUAACAAGACGUUGUACCACUACAAAAACAAAAUCAACCGCCAGAAAAAGUUUUUAACAAUUGGAAAUAAAAUAUCAAAGGACACCAUGAAGCCCUGUAUGAAUCUAAUUUCGGCAUUGAUCCUCGCCGCUGUGUGUCAACUUUUCAUGUUUUUACCAUACGGAUACGUUAUGGACAAUGACGUCGACAGUGACGUCAUCAUUAAGACAUUACAUAAUGAUGAUACAAGGGACACUGACACGAACGCUGACUGGAAUGAUAUCGAAUUAACAGACAAUAGAAAACGAGCACAACUUUCUCUAACUGGCGGUUUACGAUCUUUAGCAGACAUGGUUUACAGUCAGAGAAACAAUGAAAGAAAUGCGCAUCGAAAUGCGCUGUUGUCAUUAGGUAAACGAAACUUCCGGUUGCCAUUCUUUAAAAUUAAUUUCGGCAGAUUUGCACAAUCAUACCCUUCAACUUCAAGCGUAUCUAGACGGCGCUCUCAGCAACUUUCCGUUUCCGGUCCACUCUCAGCACUGGCCAACAUGCUUGCAGCCGAAGGACGCCGACGCAAACAAUCGGAAUCAUUCAAUAACAGAAUGAAGCUUUUAGAGAUAGGGAAACGGACAAGUGAGGUCAGUCACGUGGGAUUAAGUGAUAUUGAUUCGGAUAUACGAAAUAACGACUAUCUUUGACGAGGGGAAAAUAACCAAUGAAUACAUGGCUUAUUUAGAAUGUUAUGAACGAAUCACAAGAGGAAAAAUUCAUAUAAACAUCAAUUUUGUUUUCUUAAUGGAAAAAAAACUACAGUUGAGUAAAAGUAAGACUAAAAUCUACUAAAAACUGGGAUUAUCUUUAAAUGCGUUUAUUUGAUACAGAUUUCGUUGCUUUUAUUUUCUCCAUUUCUGUUUAACUUUAAGAUUAAGUAAUCAAUGCGCUUCUGAGUAUAUGAUAUGUAAAAGUGGCACUAUUAAUCAAAGAACGAUUAAAUCCAUGUACGAAAAAAACACAAUUAUUCUAU